GGUACGGUAUUCAGCUCCUGUGCACCAUGGGAAAUGUAGUUAUUUUUAAACUGCCAAGCGCAGCUCACUCGGUAUCAGGAAAACUCUUUAAAACCACGCUACCCACAAUCCUUUGCUGGAAUGACAUACGUAGACCUGUCAAACAACACACGCCAUCUUGACAUCAGCCUCAAAAUGGCAGAAAGAUGUAAGCUAGAAAACGAGUCCCGGCUGACGCUCCUGCUCUGUCUUAUUUAAAAACACACUCGUCAGUUUUCCUAGAAACGGGUGGUAAUGGGGAUGGUGUCCGGUGCGACAGUACUGAGCCUGUAAAAUGGACAUAACGACGGCGGUUUUCAACGCGGCCAGAGAUGGUAAGCUAAAACUUAUCCAGAAGUUGCUGUGCAACAAAACUCCUGAGGAGCUGGAGGCUUUAGCCGAGGAGAAAACACAGGGAGGCACUCCUCUGUUGGUAGCCUCCCGAUACGGACAUUUAGAGGUUGUAGAUUACCUUCUUGAACACUGCAAAGCAAAUGUUGAACUCGGUGGUUCGGUUAACUUUGACGGUGAGACCAUCGAGGGGGCUCCGCCGCUGUGGGCGGCUUCAGCAGCUGGUCACCUUCCUGUGGUGAAGACGCUACUGAAACACGGUGCCUCGGUGAACAACGCAACAUUAACUAACUCUACGCCUCUACGAGCCGCCUGCUUCGACGGUCACUUGGAGAUCGUGCGCUACCUGGUGGAGCACAGAGCCGAUAUGGAGGUCGCUAACCGCCACGGACAUACCUGCCUCAUGAUCUCCUGCUACAAGGGCCAUAAGGAAAUAGCAAAGUUCCUCUUGGACCGCGGAGCAGAUGUCAACCGUAAGAGUGUGAAAGGAAACACCGCCCUUCACGACUGUGCUGAGUCAGGCAGCCUGGACAUCAUGAAGAUGCUGCUCAAGUGCAAUGCCCGCAUGGAGAGGGAUGGGUACGGAAUGACCCCGCUCCUCGCUGCAAGUGUCACAGGUCACACCAACAUUGUGGAAUAUCUCAUCCACCAGCCUCGCUCCUCCAGAGAGGAACGCAUUGAUGCACUUGAACUCCUUGGGGCUACUUUUGUUGACAAAAAGCGGGAUCUCUUGGGGGCGAUGAGGUACUGGAGAAGGGCUAUGGAACUGAGGCAGCCAGGCGACAAAGCUGGAUCCCUGGCAAAGCCUCCCCCUGGUCCCCCAAUCCCUGCCUAUGGUUGUGCACAGGAGGUGAGCACAGCCGAGGAACUGGAAGCUUUGAUUACAGAUCCAGACGAAAUGAGGAUGCAAGCAUUGUUGGUACGAGAGCGCAUCCUGGGACCGUCGCACCCAGACACCUCUUACUACAUCCGCUACAGGGGAGCUGUGUAUGCAGACUCGGGCAAUUUUGAACGCUGCAUCAGCUUAUGGAAGUAUGCUUUAGACAUGCAGCAAAGCAAUUUAGACCCUCUUAGUCCCAUGACAGCCUCCAGUUUCCUUUCCUUUGCAGAGCUCUUCUCAUUUGUUCUUCAGGACAGGGCCAAAGGCACCUUGUCAACACGUGUCACCUUCCAUGAUCUGAUGACUGUGUUGGGGAAAAGUGUGAGGGAGGUAGAGAGAGCUGUGGCACAAAGAGACAACCCUCCAGAACCUUCACAGUUCACCAAGGCCCUCUCCAUCAUUCUCCACCUUAUCUUUCUGCUGGAGAAGCUGGAGUGCAGCCCAGAGCAGGAGCACCAGAAGAAGCACACAGUAUAUCGUCUGCUUAAAUUAAACCCCCGAGGUCGGAGCAGCUUCACUCCUCUCCACAUGGCUGUUGACAAGGAGACAACGUCGGUGGGCCGCUACCCAGUUGGUCGCUUCCCCUCCCAGGCGGUGGCAGCACUGCUCCUAGAAUGCGGUGCAGACAUCGAUUCACGUGAUUGUGAGAACAACACACCACUGCACAUUGCUGCUAAUAAUGGUUGUCCAGAGAUUAUGGCACUACUUCUGAAGGCCGGGGCUCACUUUGAUGCCACAAAUUCUCAGAGAAAGACAGCCUAUGAGCUGUUGGAUGAGCAGAGCAGUGGGCUCCCGGCCCUUUACCCACUAAACUACAUCACCCUUCAGUGCCUGGCAGCUCGCGCGGUUGAAAAGCACAAACUUCCUUACAGGGGACUCAUCUCUGAGGAGAUGGAGGCUUUCAUUGAGCUGCACUGACUUUCACUACGCUCCCAUGACAAGGAAUCCCUGCACUACCACCCCUGUUGUCCGCCAUACUUUAUUAUGACAUGCACCAAAAGUCCUCCUGCACACUAUUCUCUUCAUCUCUGCCCUUUUGGACUCCUGCUUUACUCCUGCUUUACAUCCUCAUGUCUGACAAACCAUAGCAAUAAAUAUCCAGCCUGUAGGCAUAAAUCACUAGCUGAGAUCUGAUCAGUUAUCUCAGUUAUCUUCAUGUAGAUGUUUACAGUGAUGCUUUCUACUUGCUAUUUAAAGCUGUGGAUAACAUCAACUUGAUAUGGGCUUGAAUACAUUUUCCUCUCAAAAAAAGAGCAUUGCAGUAUGACGGUGCUAGUGUUGGUGAUGUGGCUGAACCGAAUACAAGUUGGGUUUUAGUGUUACUGAUAGAAAGCAUCUGAUCAAAGUAGCCAGAUAACAUGCAUGGAAAUUAAAGAGUGGAUGCAAAUAUCUUUUUGUUCUGUGAAUCUUUGCAGAAAGGAUGUAUUUGAACAAACCUAAUUUUUUUUUCAUGGUUCUACAUGUUCACAUAUACCAUGUGUUAUGGUUUGAGUAGUGUUGAACUGACUGUGCCAAAAGUCAGCUAUGGAGUUAGGCUCUGUUACAGAUUGUGUUGCAAAAUGAAUAGCAACUAACAUAUAUUCCACAUUGUUUGCAGGCAAUGUAAUCAAUGUAAUCUCACAAAACAUCUAGUUCCAGACAGUAAGCAACUCAAGUUGUUUGACAUUUCAGACUGUGACAUGAUUUGACAUCCUGCAGUCAUAUGACCGGUAAAUGGAGCUGGUGGAAGAGUUUGACUCACACUUCCCAGUCUCUUGAAAGGCAUUUAUAACCUAUUCAGUUUGUGAUAUUUCAAUCAAGAGGCAACUUUGUUUUCAAGCAAAAAAAAUAUCACUUACAUGUUUUUCAUGGGAUGAAACUAUUAUUUAAUUGUACAUGUUUGUCUUGUGUUGAAUCUGGGGAUGCUUCACUGACAGUGAAUUGAUAUCUUUUGAGUUUAUGAACUUAGAAUUUUUUCUUCUGCCUAUUUCUGAACGAUUUGAAACUGGAGCCUGAAAUGUGCCUACAUCCCUGUAUUUCUGUGAAACGUCAUUGUGAAGAUAUUUAAUUCAAUAUCAGAAGCAGCUUCAGAAACAGGGCUUUGCAUUAUAACUGACCUUACACCCUCCUGUUGUAUCUUAAGUAAAGGUCAUAAGGUAACUGUCCAACUCGUGUUUUAAUUGUCUUUGAUUGAAUUUCCCUUUAAUCUCAGAUGCAGUUCACAGAAAUUGAAAAGGUGGCCCUCAGGGCACUCCUGCAUCUUAGUCUUAUUUUUAAUUGUCUCUUUUGUCUAUCUUCUGUUAUCAUGAAUGUUUUAUUUGUUUGUUUAUAUGCUAAGCAUCACCAAGUUGAAUGCACAUUGAGUCUCCAACUUACAUUCAGGCUAUGAACUGUUGCUGCCUUCAUCUUUCUCAGCUGAUACGUUUAACUGAUGAUAACUCAAGAACAAAAGUGUGUUGAAGAUACUUGAAUAAAAUUCAGUAUCACAACGGG